GCAGCGUCUCUCCUCGCGCGCGCUGUGAUCGUACAGUGAAUGAAGCUCUAGCGUGGGAAAGACGAACAGGAUACGCGAGACACUGACAUGGCUCCACUGUAACAUCACUGGAAUAGCUGUGACUGUGUUUUCAAUAGAUCAGAUCUCCAAUCCACGUCUAACUCGAGCGCGUUAAAAGCCUGAAGACGAUGCGUUUGAUCACAGCCAAAUCACAUCUGUUCAUCGCGCAGCUGUGGCUCAUCUGUCACACAGAUCUGUCUGUGUCGUACCUGAGAGGUCAGCGCAAAUUCGCUGAGGACGUUGACUGGUCUUACACAGGGUCCCUGAACCAGAAACACUGGGUAAAGAAAUACCCAGUGUGUGGCAAUGCCAGACAGUCUCCCAUUGACAUCAGUGAGGAGUUCACACAGGUCAGGGUUCAGUACCAGAACCUGCAGCUGGAGAACUGGGACCAACCCACCACCGAAUACACCACCAUCACCAACGACGGCAAAACAGUGGUAAUCAGUUUGAACGGUCAGUACUUCAUAAGCGGAGGUGGGCUCAGAUCCAGGUUUAAAGUGGGCAGAAUCACGUUCCAUUGGGGCCGAUGUAACACCACUUCAGACGGAUCUGAACACAGUCUCAACGGAAACAGUUUCCCCCUGGAGAUGCAGAUCUAUUGCUUUAAUGACGAGGAGGUUGAAUCCAUCGACGAGGCUAUAAGUAGCGGAGGAAAGAUUACUGCUGUGGCUGUUCUGUUCGAGGCCAGUAUUGAAGACAACCAGGACUAUGCGGCAAUCAUUGAAGGAGUGAACAGCGUGAGCCGAUUUGGUAAAAGCAUUGCUCUGGAAGCGUUUUCUCUGCUGGCUCUGCUUCCACAGUCCACCGAAAAAUACUUCAUGUACAAUGGCUCACUCACCGCGCCGCCCUGCUCCGAAAACGUGGAGUGGAUUGUGUUUAAAAACACAGUGGCCAUCUCAGAGGCACAGCUGGAGGUGUUCUGUGAGGUGAUGACCAUACAGCAGGCCGGAUACGUCAUGUUGACCGACUACCUGCAGAAUAACUACAGAGAACAACAGCCGCAGUUCAUGGGACAAGUGUUCUCGUCCUACACGGGCACAGAGGAAGUUCCUGCACCCAUGUGCAGCUCCGAGCCGCUGAACCUGCAGGCCGACUCUCAGAACUACACGGGGAUCGUGGUGACGUGGGAACGGCCGCGGGCCGUCUAUGACACCACCAUUGAGCGCUACUCCAUCACCUACCAGAGACUGCAGGGCAAAGACCCGCCAAAACAACAGUAUCUCACAGACGGAGACCAGGAUGUGGGAGCCAUUAUCCAUCAUCUGCUGGCGAACAGUAGCUAUGUUGUCCAGGUGGUGGCGCUGUGCACCAAUGGCUUGACUGGAAAAAUGAGUGACCAGGUGAUUGUGGACAUGCCUUUCGAAGACCCAGUAAAUGAGCCCGAUCCCUUUGGAGAUUUAACAGAACCAGAGGAAUAUAAUGAGGACACAACAUCACCUGCUUCCAGCUCUCCGCCCGGCAACAGCAAGAACAGAAAUGAGACCAAACGUCCACUGAACAGACUCCUUCCAGAGGAGAGCGCCCACCUUCCUCACAGCAACAUGCAGGUCACAGAUGUCUACUAUGAGGACAUCCUCAGCACCACAAAAAUCACCCCAGCCCAAAACAACGACCUUCUCACUGUGCUGCCUGAUGCUCAGGACCAAGAAACAUCAAACAUGACAGCCAAAACUUUAAAACCCACCGCUAAACCUGCAGUGAACACAACCUCAAUAGCUGACGCUAGCACUGUCACCACUGGAUCAGCGCUUUCAGCAUCUAUGAAGAUCAUUUCUCAGAGCACUCAGCCCCUGUUUAAUGAGGCGAGUAACAGCAGUCCAGAGUCUCGUGUCGGGAUGGUGGGAGGUACAGAGAAGGAGAAGAGGACAGUUGUUCCUCUGGCUGUGGUUUCGACGCUCACUGUCCUGUGUCUGCUGGUGCUGGUGGGGAUUCUCAUCUACUGGAGAAGGUGCUUUCAGACUGCACAGUUUUAUGCAGAGGACAACAUUUCAGCCCGAGCCAUAUCUGCCCCGUCAACCCCUCUUCUUCUGCCUUCAGAGGACAAUGAAGCUCUCCCAGUAAAGGAAUUCGUAAAACACGUUGCUGAUCUUCACGCAAAUCACACAUUCGCCAAAGAAUUUGAGAUCUUGAAAGAGUCUUACGAGGAGAUUCAGGGCUGUACGGUGGACAUCUGCAGCACUACGGACAGCUCCAACCAUCCAGACAAUAAGAUCAAGAACAGAUACAUUAACAUCCUGGCCUAUGAUCACAGUCGAGUUAAACUCUCUCUAAACUCUGACAGAGAUGGAAAAGCAGGGGACUACAUUAAUGCCAACUAUGUGGAUGGCUACAACCAGCCGAAAGCAUAUAUAGCCGCCCAGGGUCCGCUGAAGGGCAGUCUGGGAGACUUCUGGAGGAUGAUAUGGGAGCAGAACGUGGGUGUGAUUGUCAUGAUCACUAACCUGGUGGAGAAGGGGCGGAGAAAAUGUGAUCAGUAUUGGCCCUCGGAGAAUCAGGAAGACUAUGGAUCCUUCCUAGUCACACUGAAGAGCACCAAAACUCUUGCCUAUUACACGCAGAGGACAUUCAUCUUGAGGAAUGUUGACGUCAAGAAGGGCUCACAGAAGGAUCGCAGUCAGGAGAGGACAGUGUUUCACUUUCAUUACACCCAGUGGCCCGACAUGGGCGUCCCAGAAUACACUCUGCCCCUGCUGUCGUUUGUGCGGGCGUCCUCGCAGCCCAGGACGGCUGAUCUGGGGCCUGUGGUGGUCCACUGCAGUGCCGGUGUGGGAAGAACAGGAACCUACAUUGUGAUCGACAGCAUGUUGAAGCAGAUAAAGGAGGAGAGUAAAGUGAACAUCACUGGAUUCCUCAAACACAUUAGAACCCAGAGGAAUUAUCUGGUGCAGACUGAGGAGCAGUACGUCUUCAUCCAUGAUGCUCUAGUGGAGGCCAUCAGGAGUAAAGAGACCCUGGUCUCCUCCAGUCACAUUCACACACAUGUGUCUGAUCUCCUCACACCGGGACCUACAGGAAAGACCCGCCUGGAAAAACAGUUUAAGCUGGUCAGUCAGAGCUGUGCAAAACAGAGCGAUUACACAGUGGCUUUAGAGGAGUGCAACGCAUCUAAAAACAGGACAUCUUGUCUUAUGCCUGUGGAGAGGUCAAGGGUCAUUCUGUCUACAGGACCUGGAGAAUCAUCAGACUACAUCAAUGCCUCUUAUUUAACGGGCUACCAUCAGACCCACGAGUUUAUCGUUACCCAGAAUCCUCUGCCAAACACCAUACAGGACUUUUGGAGGAUGAUCUGGGAUCACAAUGCACAGAUCAUAGUUUCUCUGCCAGAUACACAGAGUGCGAGCAGAGACGGAGAGUGUGUGUACUGGCCCACUAAAGAUCAGCCAAUCAGCUGCGAGACCUUCACUGUGACCUUCAGGGGUGAGGACAAACUGUGCCUGUCCAAUGAGGAGUCGCUUGUGGUACAGGACUUCAUUUUGGAGGCUCUAAAGGACGACUAUGUUCUGGAGGUCCGGAGGUACCAGAGCCCUCGCUGGCCGAACCCUGACAGCCCCAUCAGCAACUGCUUUGAGCUCAUCAACAUCAUCAGAGAAGAGAGCUCACGCCGAGAGGGACCCGCCAUCAUCCACGAUGGGUCUGGAGGGACGAGUGCUGCUUUACUCUGUUCACUGACCAGCCUGGUCGACCAGCUGGAAGAGGAGAACAGUGUAAACGUUUAUCAGACUGCCAGAAUGAUGAACCUCAUGAGGCCGGGAGUCUUCAACGAUAUUGAUCACUAUCAGUUCCUCUAUAAAGCUAUCCUGAGUUUGGUGAGCACCAAGGAGGACGAGAGAGCACUUCACCACUCGGAAAACAACGGCACGGUUCCCGCCAACCCGUUGGAAAGCCUGGAGUCGCUCAUGUAGAUAUACAGACAUUAAAUCAAGAGAAAGUCGUUUUUAAAACCCUUAUAAAGUCUCUACACAGACUACAUGGGUACAGGAUAUACUAUAAUCUGGUCUUUUAUUGUGCCUUUUCAUUACCUUUGUACUUUAUAAAAUGCUUUGAUAUAAUAUUUCUGUUGUAACUAAUGCCAAAAUUUCUACUCUUUGGAAAAGCAGUGAUUGCUGUAUUGCUGGUGAUGUCUUAGAUUUUAGUCAGACAUAAUUGUUGAAGAAAUAUUUAUAAGUAGCAGGGUAAAAUAUUUAAUAUGCUAUCUAUUGGGGGGUAAAUCUUUGAUAUAUAAUAGCAUUCUUGAAUGUAGCCUCAUGAGUGUGAUUCUAAUAUAUAAAACAAUCGGCCACACCAACAGACCAAAAUACAUUUCUAUGACUAGCUCUUCUUUUUUACUAUGUUAGUUAUUGUAGAAACUGAAUGUUUCUUUUUUUUUUUUUUUUGUAAUUUCUGAAUUAACUUGAUAUUGAUAUGUUGUAACAGACAUUUUUUCGUACAUUUCUCAUUUGUAAUACGCGCAUCCUUCUAGAUUUAAAUCUGUCAUUUCAUUAGCAUUCGGUUUUAUAUUUCCAUGUUUAUCAACUUUUAUUUAAACUGUCUAAUCAUUUAGGCCUUUUUUGUCAAGCAUUAACUCAGAACGUACUUGGAGACAAGAAAGCAAGCACAGUAAAACAUAAACAAACCAGGAUUUUCCACGCACAUCAUUUCUUCUACAUUUGCGAGUGUUUGUCAUUUCUAAACGUUGUAUUUUCUUCCACCGAGCUUCCAAACUGCUAACCACAAAAUGAAAGUGGGUGAAAUGAAAUAUUAUGUGUAAAAGUGUUGCAGUGCGAUUAUUCGAGAGACUACAUAUAAUAUUU